AUGUCUGGUAUCAUGAGCAAGCGCCAGCAGGCGCGGAACGAAAAAGCUCUGCAAGACCUUGUGCAGAAUGUUCCGGGCAAUAAUAUGUGUGCAGACUGCCAUGCGCGUAAUCCAGCUUGGGCAUCAUGGAGUCUUGGUGUUUUCUUAUGCAUGAGAUGUGCUGCAAUCCAUCGAAAGCUGGGUACUCACAUUUCCAAAGUCAAGUCCUUGAGUAUGGACAGUUGGACCAACGAGCAGGUCGAUAAUAUGAGGAAGGUUGGAAAUGUCACAUCGAAUAACUUAUACAAUCCCGAACAUGGCAAGCCGUCUGUGCCUGUCGACGUCGACGAGGCCGAUUCCGCGAUGGAACGAUUCAUUCGACAGAAGUAUAUGAACAAUACUGUUAAUGGAACGGGAAAGUCCAAGUCUCCGCAUAUGGGUGAGGGAACGCCUCCGCCGUUGCCGCCUAAGAACUCCAAGUUCGGAUUCCGAUCUGCCUCGUCCAUCUUUCCCCUGUCCUCCAAAUCGAAGAAGGAUGCCAAAACAAUAGCGGCUGCUCGAGCUAAUCGCACCGAAUCUCCAAGGCCACCCAACAAGCCGUCCAAGGUUUUCGGCGCAACACUGGAUCUCGAUCAACCAGAUGAGCUGGACCAAAAGAUGGCUAGGCUACUGGACAUGGGCUUUCAAGAUGCUAAGAGGAAUGCAUUGGUGCUGAAAGGUGUCAAUGGUAACCUCGAAAGGGCGAUCGAGACUCUUGUGCGAUUGGGAGAGGGAAGCGGCCGUCCCUCUCCUCUUCCUACACCUUCACCUCGGGAACAGACUCUGCGUACAUCUAGGUCCUUGACGCCUCUCACACCGAAUUCCGGAGGACUAGGACUCGGCGCAGGGCUCAGCGUCCCUUCUCGUUCAGCCACAGACCGUCCGACUACUCCGUCGAGCGCUUCGACGAACCCAUUUGAUAACCUAGGCACAGCUCCACCCCAGACAGCUCAAUCGACAGGAAGUCUCCAGAACCGAAACCCAUAUGGUCAGACGAACCCAUUUGGCGCACCCGUCGCCCAGGAGCAACAGCCCACCGAUGCUUUCAGUCAGGCUUUUCAAAAUAUGUCACUCUCUCCACAGCAGCCUUUGUUUCCUCAUCAUACUGGAGGACCGGUACCACAACCUGCUGCCCAGCAGCUCACAGGAUAUCAGCAAGUGGCUCCUUCGGCACCCACAACUCCUGGCGGUUUCUCGAGCUUGGGCUUCAGCAACAACAUGACAUACCCCCAGCCACUUCAAGCACAGUCGACAGGAUAUAACCCUUUCUUCACGAACCAGACCGCUGCGGUUCAGCAACAGCCGCAACAGUUAAAUAAUCCUUUCCCCCAAGUCAACACCAAUCAAGCGCCUGCAGGAUACAAGCCCUUCACACGAUCUCCAACUCGGAUAGCAUCGCCCAGCCUUGGCCAGAUCCCGGAGCAAACCCAGAGCUCUUUCCAGAACCCGGCCGUAUAUCAGACCUCUGCAGUAUAUCAAAGCUCUGCCGUAUAUCAGAGCCCGGCACCCCUGAGCCCUCCCGAAACCACCACGAACCCCUUCUUCGCGAAUGCUGGCCAGUCCAUAGCACAAACAGGACAAGUCUUUGGCCAGCAGCCUGCUAUGCAGCCGAUGCAGAACCAGACCCAAGCGACCAACAAUCCGUUUGUCCAACAACAGACUGGGCAACAGUUAUAUGGGCAACAACAGAUACCACAAAUGCAGCAGCAGCAGCAGAUGCAACAACAACAACAACAACAACAGAUGCAACAGCAACAGCAGUUCUACCAGCCCCAGAGGCCAGACAACGCCUCGAUUAUGGCACUCUUCAACAAUUAUCCACAGAUGACUCCCCAGCAAGCAAGUGCCGAGUCAACGCAGUCGUCAUACCAGACAGCCCACCAACCACAACAGCCAACCAUACCCGAGAAUCAGCCUAUGGCUCCUGUACAGCAGAACCACGGUGUUCCCGCGCCAAUGUCAUCUGGAACAAAUCCGUUCAUGACAAACGCACCCGCCGCCAAUUCCAUUGCGAGCCCAAAUGCUAUGACUACUUCGGACCCUUUUGCUGCCCGGAGCCGAGAGAGUAUGAACCUUGGUAUGGACCUCGCAUGGACAAAUGGUCGACACAGCCCGGAUGCAUUUGCGAGCCUUAGUGCCCGACACGGAUGA